AGCUGAUCACAAACACACAUGGGGACACGAGUUUUGAGAUAAAAUCUAAUAAGAUAUACCCGAUGUUGUAAGAUAACCAAUGAAAGCGCUGCAGAUCAAGACGCAGGGAUUGUAAAUCGCUAUGAAUAAGUUACAGCAGUGUUGAAUUUCUUUAAAAUCAAAAGGCGGGCACGUUGGCGUCUGAUCUUUAGUUAUAUCUGGAGUUCGGUUUCUAACAGGUUUUAUUACAGAUUUCAGAAUCUAACAGGAUGCUGGUAUUUUGUUUGACGGAGUGUUAGUUUGCUGUGGUAGAUCAGAUUGAUUUCUGCUGACAGAUCGAAAUGGCCGCAUGAAUAAUGCCGAUAUUAUUAAUAUUAUAAAGCAUCUACACGCCUCCUGAGCAGAGCAGAAGAGGCGCCUUUCUGAGCUGAGUCCGCAUGUCGUGAAUGCGCCUGCCUUGGUUCAGUAAGUCAGUUACGAGGUCACUUUAGGGUGGUAUCGCAGUAUAGGUACAUUUAGACAGAUCUUUAAUUUGAGAGAAGCAUCGAUAACACGACAGGAUGAACUUGCUACCCAAGAGCUCGAAGGAGUUCAGCUCGGCGGAGUACUGGGAGAAAUUCUUCAAGAAGCGCGGCGACAAGUCAUUCGAGUGGUACGGGACUUACACGGAGCUGUGCGGAGUCCUGCACAGAUACAUCAAACCGACAGACGCGGUGCUGGUGGUGGGCUGUGGGAGCUCGGAGCUGAGUGAGCAGUUGUACGACGCUGGCUACCGCGCCCUGAAUCGACAUCAGCACGACCGCCCUCGCCCGCAUGCAGGAGCGCAGCUCUGCGCGGCGACCCGACAUGGCGUUCCUGUGCGGCGACGCCCAGCACAUGGAGCCCUUCAGCGACGGCAGCUUCCAGGCCGUGCUGGACAAGGGCACGCUGGACACCCUGAGGUGGGCCGCGUGCUGAGAGUCGGGGGGCGCUACGUGUGCGUGACGCUGGCCCAGGAGCACGUGCUGAGGGCUGCUGUGGAUCACUUCAGUGGGGAGGGCUGGGCGGUGAGAGUGCACAGGGUGGAGGGGCAGGAGGGAGGGUUCUGCCUGCCUGUGUUUGUGCUGGUCUGCACCAAGUUCCGCUGGCCAGCAGAGGGCGGCGCCGCGCUGCCCCAAAUCCUGGAGGUGUGCGAGGGGGGCGCUGUGUUUAUCGUGCCUCAGGGCCGGGAGACGAAUUGGCUGUUCGGCAAUGUAUAA